AUGAAGUCUGCCGAAGCAACGACACCAAUCGAGGAGGUCAAGCUCAAGAAACAUGCUUGCGGAAGAGUUGAUCCAUUCCUACGUAUUGUGGCACAUGGCAGCGCUAAGAUAGCUCAGAUAAACCACCACCAUGCGAAAGCUGCAUCUGCGGUAAUUGCAAGAGCAAGUUCCGAGAAGAACAUUGGAAUAGUGCUGGCUCAGAAGCCCUGGGUGUACCGGGGGCAGAUUCGUGGUCUGCAAGGAAGAAACAUACAGGUAAUUUGGGACUCCUCUUGUGAAAAACCAAGAGCUUGCAUAAUUCUUAAACGUAAUUUAAAAUACAUAUGUCUUUCAGAGUUCCUGAAAGGGGACCUAGUGGCUAUCCAAUUACCACAUCUUCUCGGCUGCGACGCCAACGCCCACUACGAAGUGUGGGAAAGCAGCGAUACUAAUCAUAAUAACUGGAAAAAUAAGGAAAAUUUGGAUACACUGCUUUCAUAA